AUGAAACUUUAUAUAGUGUUUUUGGUAAUUUGUGCGGUUGUCUCUUAAAAGGAGAGUACAGAAUUGUCCAAGGAGGACCAGACCCUGUUGGAUAGUAUGGUUAAGGACAAAUUCGGAAUGAACGUGUUAAAUGAUAUACAGAGUGAAUACAGAAAAGAUUCUGGUAAUAGUGUGUUGUGUAUUUGGAGAAAAGACGGAGCAAUUGUUGAGAAUUGAAAGUUUGCUGAACAGCAUCGAAAGAUAGAUAGCCUAGGACGAGUAGGACGAUCUAGAAUAAUUGACUAAGGACCAAGAACUAUGUAUUAAAAAAAACGAAUUUUAUACUAGACAAUUAAUAAUUAGAGAGUUUGAAAGAGAAGAUAGCGGAGGGCCAAUAUGAUUAUAGUAGCAUAGGUGCAACGAUCAGAUUGUUGGAGGAUGAGUCCAAUAGAUACGACACUCGAAUAAAUGAGAAAGAGAACAUUGUGAACGAAUAUGAGUCAACUCUGCUUUAAUUGGAGGAGAUCAGAUAACACGAGGUAUCAUAACUGAGAAAAUUCAAUAGAGUGCCUAUUUCGAAAUUACAAGAGACGACUCAUUUGCCAUAUGCAGUUUAAUCAAGAGAGCCAGAUAUUUGAUUAGGGAAUUGCUCCCAAGAAGUCCAAGGAAUGUUGCAUUUGUUCAGCAAUACACUUACGAGGAUAAUUCUCAUCAAUUCUCCAGCGCUGAUGUCUUGUAAUAAAUGAGAGAUCUAUAAGUUGAGGCUUAAGAGACUCUCCAAAAUAAUGAACCAUUCCUGAAGAUCAUAAGUUUUAAUAUCAAUUAAUAAAAGAUGAAUUUGUAAGUGUUUCUACUCAAACUGAAGCUGUUAUUGACUCCACUAGAGCAAAUGCCAUCAUUAAUUUACUCUAAUAAUUAUAUGAUUAAGUAGACGGUACUAGUAGAGUGCAAUUAACUGCUGAAGACGACAGAGAAAACCUUCAUCAAAGAGUUAAGGAUCAAAUCAAUGGAGAAUUGGACUAUCUGCACUUAUAAGUAUGGAGAUUCUUAACAUAUUCUAGCUCUCCAUUCUCUACGAUGAAUAGGAUGGUGUAGAAGCCCACAUCGUCGCAGCUUAGAUGGAUCAGAAGGAUGGCGAAUAGAGAUUGGCCAAUUUGAAAUAGUCUUACUAGGAUUUAUUGAAAUGCAAGGAGGAUUCAAAGGUAUUGAGGUUCAUGAAUUGCUAGGUUAAUUACGGAGUUAGAUCAAAGGAGAGGAAGGAACAAUUGAAGUUAUUAAGAAAAGCCAGGGAUGUGUUAUUGAAUGAGUUCGAUGCUGUGAGAUGCUAUCUUGAGGGUAUUCUUAGUCGAAGUUUGAGUCAGGAAUGAUAUUGUUAUGAUUUAAUCUAAAUAUUACAC